AUGACGUACAAACUUUUAGAUGCGGAAGUAUUUCUUUCCGUUGUUGCCGCCUCAAAGAGGAAUGAGGGUGUUGGCGUACCAACUGCCACUCUAAAACUUGUAUUAGAGGCACUCCCACAGAAAUUAGUUCACCAGGAAGAAACAUCUAUGCAUAUUUCUACUGCUGCGGUAGAGAGAACAACCCCAACGCAGGAGUUUGGGAAAGUGGAGAAAAAGACUGUGGCGUUGCGUUUAUCUCAAGCGGAGUUGUAUCAACUGCUGAGGGAACUGGAGGAUGUGUCUAUGAUGUUGAGAACAAAGGGAGAGUGA